UGAUGCAGCAUUUUCCAGCCCGCCUGAUAAAGUCUCUUUCUACUUCUACUUCCUUACCAUGCACCACCACUACCCUUCAAGAACUUGCUUCUGCUCACCCCAAAGCUAGAAGGUAUUCCUGUGAUCAAUUGCAGGUGGUUUCGGUGACUGGUUGAAUACAAGAAAUGGUAUUCAAUAUCAUUUUUAUUGGAUGAUUGUGCAAGGUGUUGCGAGGGUUGUACUCAAGAAGGGGAAGACACAACUAUUCAAGGAUGGAAGUCCAAUGGUUUAUAGUGGAGCAGUUGAUAGAAUAAUUGGGAGACCACCACCAAGAACUGGAGAUGUUGUGCUAGUAGCUGAUGGAGCAGAAAAGCCAAUAGGGUGGGGCAUGUAUAAUUCAGCCUCCAUGUUCUGUGUCCGGCUUAUGCAACUGGAUGAGGAAGCAAUAAGGGAUUGUUCAUGUGCAUUGAAUAUGGAGAAACUGCUUGAGACAAGAAUUAAUGAAGCUAUAGAGCUACGUAAGAGUUUGGGGCUUCCAUCAGCUAGUACAAAUGCAUUUCGUCUUGUCAAUAGUGAAGGAGACAGAUUAUCAGGCCUAAUAAUUGACAUUAUUGGAGAUGUAGCAGUAAUAGCAUCAUCUGCCGCUUGGGUUGAGAAGUACAAAGCAGAAAUAGAGGCUUGUGUUGGUAGAAUCAAUGAAAUUAAUCACUUCAACUGGAGACCGUCUGUGGAAAUUUUAAAAGAAGAAGGAUUGGAUGUGUCAAAUUUGAAGGAAAUGGAUCCAUCUAUUUGCCCUCAGAGAACAAAGGUUAUGGAAAACGGGAUUUUUUAUGCCAUUUCACUUGAAGGGCAGAAGACAGGGUUCUAUGCUGAUCAGCGUGAAAACCGCAAAUUCAUAUCAACAAUUUCAGACAAUCAGAAAGUUCUUGAUAUCUGCUGCUAUAGUGGUGGUUUUGCGCUAAAUGCUGCACGAGGUGGUGCUGUGAAUGUCACAGGUGUUGACUCAUCCUUGGGUGCAAUCGAACUAGCUAAAGAAAAUAUUGCUCUUAACAACAUGGAUCCAGGAAUAAUAUCAUUUGUGAAAGAAGAUGCAAGUGAGUUUAUGAAGGGUGCUCUUUCUAGGAAUGAAUCAUUUGAUAUUGUCAUCUUAGAUCCUCCUAAACUAGCACCACGAAAGAAGGUUUUACAAAAUGCAUCAGGCAUGUAUAGAAAUUUAAAUUCAUUAGCAAUGCAAUUGACAAGGAAAGGUGGCCUUCUCAUGACUUGUUCGUGUUCAGGAGCGAUGACCCAAAGUGGGACGUUCUUGCGCAUUCUUCAGAGUGCAGCAUCAGCAGCAGGUAGAAAAAUAACCGUUCUCAGGGAUGCUGGAGCAGCAUGUGAUCAUACCAUUGACCCAUCCUACCCAGAAGGCAAAUACCUUUCCAACAUUCUCCUGAGGGUGCUUUAAAAAUCACGAUCUUUACACGGGCAGAAGAAGAUCAAAUGCCAGUCAAUUUUCAACAGGGCUUAAACAAAGUAAUCAAUUCGCAGAUCAAACUUUAGAUGUAAUCAACACUAUUUCUGAAAUUAUACAGGAAAGUUCAUAA